AUGGUAGGGUUGUGGGGGGAGUCCAGAGGGAGUAGCCUAUCGCAACAGAAAGACCUGGAUGUGGACUAUGUUGCCUACAAACCUACCAGAGCCAAGAGGGGAAAACCCUCAUGGGUCGAAUCGUGUGCAGAUCCACUGUAUGAAACAACUGCGGAGUCUUCCUCCUCCAGCCCAAGGAAACGAAUGAAAGAGAACCUUACAGAAUUUCCGGAUUGUGAAGUCUAUCAGUCAUAUCGGGAAUGUUUUGGUGACUUUGUUCUGGAAGCAGAGGCUGCUCAGCAACCAAGAAAAACAAAGACAUCAUCCUGGAUUCAGAAAAAAUUUGCCCGUGCAGGGAUCUGUGAGACUUGUCAAAGUGCUGAAGCCAUAUUCAAUUGCCUGACUUUCACUGGUGAUCACAGCUGGUGUCAACCUUGCUUGAUCACACCGCAUCAAUCAUUGCCUUUCCAUAAAAUCCAGUCUUGGAACAACAUGUGCUUCCAGGACGUCACUCUUGCCGACCAGGGAUUUAUAUGGUACUUAGGCCAUGGGGGAGAGCCUUGUCCUUCAAUAGGAGCUUCGACAAUUUAUGGGCAUCAAGAUGAGAGAGUGGAUAAUAUAGAGACAGGCCCCUUACCUCACUAUACUACCCCUGUGACCAUGGUACAUUCGUCCGGGGUGUUCACACACAAUGUGUUGUGGUGUCAAUGCUCAGGAUCCAAUCCUCAGCACCUGCAGCUCCUCAGAGCAGGACUAUUUCCUGCCAGCUCCACUCGGCCCAAGACUGUUUUCACCUUUGAAGUACUGGUCCAUUUUCUCAUUGAUGCCUUGGAAUGCAAAACUUCGGCCAGGAGCUUCUUUGAGAAACUCACAAGGCUGACUAAUAAUGCAUUUCCAGGUACUGUCCCGGAUCGAUAUCGUGAACUCAUGAGAGUAUCCCGCCUGUGGCGGGACUUGAAGAACCGGAAAUGGUUUGGAUUUGGCCAUGAUACUGAAUCAAGCCCAGGGCCAGGAGAUCUUGCCCUUUUCUGCCCUUCAUGUCCGCAGCCAGGAAUCAACAUGCCUCUCUGUUGGGAACAGAAGUGGCUUGUCAUGAAGAGAUUCGUGGUAGAUGGGAAUUUUACUGCUCAGCACAUGAACAUGAGACAACCGGAAUUUGACAUCUUCCUCUCAGAUGGUUUAGGGUAUAUGGUCACAGAGGGAGACUAUCGAGCUCACUUGGCCUCAGCUACAGAGAGUAAAGAGCAACCAUCGGGCAGUCAAUGCAGCAAACACAAACCGAAGCAACCUCGAGCUACAGGGGUUGGCGCCACAGCUUGUGCUCGCCAUGGAUAUUUUGUUCCCCACUGCAUAGUAGACUUUCAGAAGGGCGAACAUGGAGUCUUCACUUUGCAGAACGGAUACAGCCUGAACUUCAUUGUAGGAGCUGGGCAAGUUGAUGGAGAAAUUCUGGAGACACUAUGGGCUCCCUUUAACAAGAUCUCUCCAACAACACGUUCCAUGAGCCAAGCCCACCGUCAAGAAAUUCUAGAUGAUCACAUGUGGAACUUGAAUUGGGAAAAACAUUGUUGGUAUUGUACAAACGUGCCAAAAAAGGGCAUUGAUGACACUAAGGUGCCAUUUGAAGAGCUUACACGUUCUUUAGAAGUCAGCAAAGUCUUGUCAUGGGAGAAAGAUGAGAAGCAGGCUAUGGACCAACGAGGAGAGCAUCUUGAUAUAUACCAGCUAAAGAUAGAUAAAGAAUAUGCCAAUACUGGCAAAUCAGGAUCAAUAUCUUGGCUCAUCAGUGGUAUCAAUUUGGAAGAUGUGCACUCAAGGGACACAUUGAGGGUAGAUAUUCGGCAGCUUCUCCGAGAUGCAUCUGCUUCUCAAAAGGCAGUGGUUGAAGAGAAGCGACAAAAAGUAGCUGCUCGGAUCUCAAAAUUUCAUGAAACAGCUGAUGCCAUGUCAGAUGGCAUUGAAGUUGAUGCAGAUAUGGAGGAGCAAGGCCAUGAAGCUGCAGAUCUUGAAGUUGCUGAGGAAGAGACUGGUGAGGAAGUUGCUGCAGAAGGAAUGGGUAUUUGGAUGCCAUCUUCGAUUCAUCACCAAGAUGCUUUAGCCCUUGGCCUAGGUGCUCUGCAAGCCGAGGAACUGCAAUUACAGCAGGGUCAGGCAAAUGAUUGCUUGGAAAAGUUACGGCAAGCUCUGGGUCAUAAAGCAAUAAUUUACCGUCAGCACUUCCGAAGCGCAGAUUCCACAUGGACAAGGAAGUCACCGAGGAGAAUAGAUAUGGGCAGGGAUCUGACCAACUGGCUUGGUUUUGGAGGGUCAACAACAGUCGUGAUUCUCAUGAAGACAUAUAGAUGGAUGAAUAUUUUCUCCCAUGACAAGUAUUAG